UAUCUGCCUCCUCCUACUUCCUCUACGAGCACAUGGAGCGGGUGACAAGUCUAAACCAGUUCCUUCCUACGUCGACUGAAGGCCAGUUUCAGCUGGCGUGUUGUCGUGGAGACGGUACCUCUAUAAAUACAGUCAGUAUCAAAACACGCAUUUACACUUCUAGUUCAGACAGAGAGUGUUAAACAGUUCCGUGACAAGACUCGGCUAACAAGGGAAAACCAAGUCAUUUUUUCCAGGACUCUGGUCUAAUGGACACACUCUUUGUAAAUGCUUUUUAAGGUAAACCUUCACUAAUUUAUUCUACGUUUUCACAGUAACUUCCUAAUUUAUUUUAAACUGACUAGGUAAAUUAGGCUACCGGUAUUCAUUCAUUCAUUAUGAGCUAUCCAAGUUGGCUUAGUCAAAUCGUGUCAUAGUGUUUAGCUAACGUUAGCUAGUAAGUUACAGUAUUGUAAUGAAACAGGCAGGGAACAGGUAUCGAACCCUCAACCUUCUAGGCCGAUGUCCAGCGCGCCAUGCCGCCAUCGACUGUGCCCCAAAAGUAAGAGUCGAUAUCCGCGCUUAUAAAUCCAGGGUCGUUACAGUAUGUUAUUGAUAUGCCAUAUUGUACAAGUAGUAACGUUAGCUAGCUUUUACGUACCGCUAUCUUCUAAAACAUUUUUGUGUUUUUGGCUCGAUGGAAGUGAUGGAUUUGGGGUAUGAGCUGAAAUGCAUACUGCCAGUACUGGUAGUAGGCUACUUGGAAAAAAGAUCGUGUCCUUUUCGGUUUCCACUCGUUAUUACAGCCACAAAGUUAAAAUUAGCUUUUUGGUCAUAAUUUAAGGUUAUGGCUAGUCAUAAGGUUAACAGUAUGGUUAGGUUUGCAAUAACGUUUUAAGAAGAUACAUUGAAUAAAUAGGCGAGGUUUAUGACUUUGUGGCUGUGGUAACUAGUUACGUCCCAGGGUUUAUAAACCGAGAUGCUACAUUGCGAGACUUCCGAGAAUGCUUGCGAAACAGGCCCGCUGAACAGAGCAAACAGGCCGGGGUUUGGAAUUUGAAGUCAAUGAGAGAAGUGAAAAAUGAUUCCUUAGUUGUUAAUUUUCUCAAUCUAAAGGCACAACCUAGAUUCUAGCCAAUUUCUUGUAGUUUAACAUUUUAUUACUCCAACCUCGUUUAAGUAACAAACGGACACGUUUUCAUUUUGGUCAAAAACAACUUCAUAUCGAAGGAGUGCCUUUACUGCUUGCACAUGCGCAGUUCGGCGCGAGACGACCGUUGGACCCGAUGACGUGUUUCUGCACAUGAGCUUUUAAAGGCGUCCACAUGCUUCCCAACCAAAACAGUUCGGAAGAGUUUGUCAGUGUAAAGUACUUAAGUAAAAAUACAAGUAGUUUUUUUGGGGUAUCUGUAAUUUACUUUACUAUUUAUAUUUUGGACUACUUUUACUUCACUACAUUCCUAAUGAAAAUAAUGUACUUUUUACUCCAUACAUUUUCCCCGACACUCAAAAGUACUCAUUACAUUUUGAAUGCUUAGCAGGACAUUAAAAUGGUUCAAUUCACACACUUAUCAAGAGAACAUCCCUGGUCAUCUCUACUGCCUCUAAUCUGGCAGACUCAUUAAACACAAAUGCUUCGUUUGUAAAUUAUGUCAGUGUUGGAUUGUGCCCCUGGUUAUCAGUAAAUUAAAAAAACUAGAAAAUGGUGCUAUAUGGUUUGCUUAAUAUCAGGAAUUUGAAAUAAUUUAUACUUUUGAUACUUAAGUAUAUUUUAAACCAAAUACUUUUAGACUUUCACUCAAGUAGUAUUUUAGUGGGUGAGUCACUUUUACUUGAGUCAUUUUCUAUUAAGGUAUCUUUACUUUUACUCAAGUAUGAUGGUUACGUACUUUUUCCCAACACUGGAGUUUGUGCAUAUAUUAUAAUGACAUUUUGUGACGUUUUUAUUAGUUUUGGACUUCGGUAAUGAUUUUUUCAGUUGUUGGGCACAGGAAAUAUUUUCUUGAGGCAAACUGGAGUCUACACCCCUUCGUCGUCAUGGCGGCUAGGCGAACCGAAGGCGCUUAAAAGAGCUUUGCUUGAAAAAUGAGAGCGGCAAUAGUACUGUUUGACAAUUUUGAGCCGCUGUAGCCAGCAUAUACUUCCUCAAAAUAGUCAGAAUUAAUUGAGAUAACUCUAUUAAUCUGGCAUUAAUUUUGACGUUUUGCAGAGGAGAUCUUAGUCGUACAAUUUUACAAAUAACUAAGAUGUUUGGUGCAGUAUUUCACAAGAAGUCCAAAACGAACAAAAAUGUAAUAAUAUAUGCACAAACUGUUUCGGCUGGGAAGGAUGCGGACACCUUUAACUAGCCAACUUCACCAUGACUUCGCCUACAAGUGUGAUCAGGGAUUUCUAUUGGAGAAGCAGUUUCUGCCCAUCUCCAUACUCUACUGUCUUCGUUUUAUCCCUUUGAGAGGGUCAUGGCUAGAAGGAAUCCAGCUUUUGGCAAAUGAAUAGCAAAAGUUGAACUUUUUGCUAACCCUUUCCCUAACCUAAUUAUCCUAACCUGUUGCGUAUCUUCUCUUAACCUGCUACGAAAAAUCUGAUGUUUAUUUGACAGAAGCUGGACUCUUUUUAGCUAUGACCCUUUGAGCUGGAGAAAAGAUUGAGCCAGUAGGCCUACUCAAGAGUCUGUGCUAUCCGGGAUCCUUGGGAAGUCCCUAUCCCAUUGAAGUUGACAUUUUAAAAUGUUUAGGGAGGGAUGUCCCAAGGAUCCCAGAUAGCACUGACUGUACUCAGGUGUGCUUGUUCAACAAAACAUUCCUUCAGAGUGCCCAAUAAUGCAUUAAAGCAACUAUAGAGUAGGCCUACUGGCUCAAUAAAUUAAAAAAAAGUCAAUUGUCCCGUGUAGCUUAGUUGGUAGAGCAUGGCGUUUGCAACGCCGGGGUUGUGGGUUUGUUUCCCACCAGGGGAACAUAUAUAUGUAUGCACUCACUAACUGUAAUUCGCUCUGGAUAAGAGCAUCUGCUAAAUGACUAAAAUGUAAAUAUUGCCUAUUCAUCCUCUCUGAUAAUAGACUGCUGCUGCUAACAGUAACUGCGCCUCAUAUAGGAUUAUCUCAAAUGCUAACAGGUCUGGUUGACACUGAAUGAAUGAAGGAAAUGUCCAUUAAACUCAACACAGCAUAUGACACUUUAUGUCCUCUUUUUAUGCUACUGUAUUUUCACACAUUUUAUUUUACUGUUUGUAGAAUAAUCGCUUUAGGAAAGCGCACACUGGCUACUCUGCAGGCCCCGGCCUAGAGUGUUAUGUGAAAGGUUUCAACUUCACUGGUGAACCGCCUUGGCUGCUCUGCACCUGAUUAAACUACUUUGCUGAAUUCCAUCUCUUUCUUGUCCAAGUAAGUGUUGCUUUCCAAUCCAACGUCAUUUCCAACAUGCAUGUCACAAUAUUCUAGAAUGGGUGUUAACAGCACAUGCCUAUGAGAUACUGGGGUUGGUUGUAAUUGGUGCACUGUAGCUCUGGGAGUAAUUAUGCUGGUAAUUUAGGCACAUUCCUGUUCCAGAUAAUAAUGAGCAGUAUUGUACAAGCAUUUGAAUGCUACUUUCAGGGAAUUGAGCCAACAUUGAUAAGGCUAUUCCUUGAACAACUAGCCCACUGAUAAACUGGCUAAUGUAGGGAGCUGUGCUACCAUUUUAACACAGAUCUCCUUUUUCCACAGUUUUCUUUUGUGACCAAUCUAAACGUUUUUCUGCGACCAUGAACACGUUCGCUCCUGACAAUUUUGCCUUCCUGGAGGAGGGCUUCUGUGCCCGUGACAUUGUUGAGCAGAAGAUCAACGAGACGUCCAUGUCGGUAAGAACAACUUCCUGCUGUCCCUGAUUCUGCUUCAUUUGGUGUGAGGAGUGUGAUUUGUUGACAAGGCAUUUGUCUUGUAAGAUGUAUUUCUUAUUCCCUUGCAUGCAUGUCUUUGCCCCUCCAGGAUGAUAAGGAUGCCUUCUACGUGUGCGACUUGGGUGACGUGCUGAAGAAGCACAUGCGAUGGGCAUGUACCAUGCCUCGCGUAACGCCCUUCUAUGCUGUCAAAUGCAACGACAGCCGGGCUGUUGUCACGACCCUGGCCUCCUUGGGCGCCGGCUUUGACUGUGCAAGCAAGGUUAGCCUCUUUCUAAACACCUCCUAAUUUUGAAAUGGCCUUGACCCCAACCCCCCCCCCCAACCCUGCUGCCCUGUGAAGGCGUUUCCUGUUCUGACCCACUCUUUCUUUGUCCCAUCAGACUGAGAUCCAGAUCGUUCAGUCUCUGGGUGUGGACGCUAGCAGGAUCAUCUACGCCAACCCUUGCAAGCAGGUGUCCCAGAUCAAGUAUGCCUCUGCCCACGGAGUGCAGAUGAUGACCUUCGACAGUGACGUGGAGCUCAUGAAGGUGGCUCGGUGCCACGACAAUGCCAAGUAAGAAACAUCUCCACCCCCAUUCUUUAGCCACACUGAAAACACCUGGUUUUAUAAGUAACUUAUACGGCUACUCUAGAAAAGUGCACCUCCAACUUUUCUCUCUCCUUGUCCAGACUGGUCCUGCGCAUUGCCACAGAUGAUUCCAAGGCUGUGUGCCGGCUCAGUGUGAAGUUUGGUGCCACCCUGAAGGCAUGCCGGGGUCUCCUGGAGAGGGCUAAGGAGCUGGGCCUGGACGUUAUUGGGGUCAGCUUCCACGUGGGCAGCGGCUGCACCGACCCAGACACCUACAGCCAGGCCAUCUCUGACGCCCACUGUGUCUUUGACAUUGGAGUGAGUGUCUUUCUGUCUUUCUCUGCUUGAACUUAUCACCUCAAUUUAUAAAUGGACCCUUAACCUGCAGUUGGCCCCCAAGUUGUAGGUCUAACUCCUCUUUGUUGGUUCUAUUUUCUGCAGGCCGAGGUGGGUUUCAACAUGACCCUCCUGGACAUUGGUGGCGGUUUCCCUGGGUCUGAGGAUACCAAGCUCAAGUUUGAGGAGAUCACAGCAGUUAUCAACCCAGCACUGGACAAGUAUUUCCCUGCAGACUCUGGGAUCCGGAUCAUUGCUGAGCCAGGUCGCUACUACGUGGCCUCUGCCUACACCCUAGCUGUUAACAUCAUCGCCAAAAAGGUCAUCAUGAACGAGCAGUCUGCCUCUGACGGUAUGAGCAAAUUGACUCAAUCCGCAAACUUGUGGCGAGUGCCUGACGUGCCAAAUAAAAUUGCAUCACUCAACCCAAAGUAAUAGCGAGCCAAGUUUCAUUAUAAUUUACACAACUCUGCCCCUACAGAGGAUGACGAUUGGACCAGUGACCGGACUCUGAUGUACUAUGUGAACGAUGGCGUCUAUGGCUCCUUCAACUGUAUUCUAUAUGACCAUGCUCACCCCUUGCCUACCCUGCACAAGGUAAGUUGAUUAACACACUUCAUUUCAAUCAACCAAACUAACUCACACAAAAAGCAAGUUUAUAAAACCAAUAAAAUAAGUCUGACGAUUUUGUUAAUCCCUGCUCUCUUCAUCCUUCUACAGAAGCCAAAGCCAGAUGAGCGUAUGUACCCCUGCAGCAUCUGGGGACCAACCUGUGAUGGCCUGGAUCGCAUUGCUGAGGUGUGCAGUCUGCCGGACAUGCAAGUGGGAGAGUGGCUGCUGUUUGAGAAUAUGGGGGCCUACACCGUGGCUGCCUCCUCUACCUUCAACGGCUUCCAGAAGCCAGACAUCUACUACAUCAUGUCCCGCACAGCUUGGUAAAUUGUUGGAAAUGUAGUAGAAUUGUAUGUAGAGACAAAUAGAAUGUGAUUGUGGUAGCAUGUCUCCAUACAGUGAUGUAUCAUCAAUCCUCAACCUUCCUUCUGAUUCUAAAUCUGUCUCGGUUUUCUCUUGUCCUGUGUAGGCAGUGCAUGCAGCAGAUCUGUGCCCAGGGGAUACCCACUCCUGUUGAGGAGGCAUCCUGUGUGACAUCCAGCUGUGGCCAUGAAAGCAGCCUGGAGCUGCCUGCCAAGCCUAGCCAGACCUGUGUGCUCUAAACAUAACACCAACAUAAUCUCAUACAUACCCACCCCCACACUGCCACUCUACCGGCCAGUAGCCUAUGUUUUUAUUCAUUUCCUAUUCAAUGUUGCUUUAAAAAAAAAAAACUUGUACCGUUGAAAGGCCAGUUACUUGACGGGAGAAUGAGAGGGGCAUGUUGGCGCACAUUUCUCACUUGUCUGUAUGAAAGACUGAGAUUUAAUCCUGAGCUGAGGUUGAAUCUCUCUUAACAUCACUAAAGGUACAUCUCGGAGGGUUGUAGUCAUAUUGUUACAGGGGUCUGAUUGGCUAAUGCUUACAACAAAGGUUGUAUGUUCAAUUCCAGGAGGGGCCACAAAAUACCUUAAUUUGCAUUGACCAUAAGUCGCUCUAGAUGGGAGCAUUUGCUAAAUGACAAUGUAAAUGUUAUAUGGCAGUGUCGUGGGGAUUUUCUCUUGUAAACUCCAACUCCCAGAAGGCUCCCUGUUUCAGUUGAAUCCACUACCCAUUCUCAUGACUCUAAAGGAGCUGUUUUGAGGGCGGAUUACUUCUCCAGGAAAUGGCUGCUACAGAUAUUUAAUUUUCCCCGAUCUCCUCUUUCAUACAGAACCCUUUAUUCAAUGUAGGGACUCAACAUGCAGACUGUCCCUCUCCUCUUCUCCUUUUCUGUAUUAUUUUUUAAAUAUUGUCUUUUGUUGCAAGGUAGUAUGUCAGUUAAUGAUACGAAAAUUUAUAAUUAUCGCUAUUGACGAUGCAUUUUAAAAAGGAUACGAAGGAGAUUGGAUUGCACAUUUGUAUCACUUUCCUAUGGAAACUUUUUUAAUUUUGUAUUUUUUUAAAUAAAUAAAACAUGUAGGUGCAGAGC